CUGUGCCUCUUGCGAAAUCAGGUGAAACAGUUGGAAUUUUCGCGUGGCUCAGGAAUUGAUGCAGCUUGCAGACGAAGCACAAGGAAGGCUUCGUUGUGGUAUCGUUCAUGCAGAUGGUUCCCAGUUGAAUCUCGUGGGGAUAAUUGGGGGAAUUGAUGGUUGUUGCUAUCAGACACCAUGGCUUCUUCCUCGUUCAUGUCUAUUGCGUGCCACUGGAAGCGGGUUUCCCGUGUUCUUCGCCUGAAAGAGGAGAAUUCCAGCUCUAGUUUCCAGUCAGAAUUUGGCCAAAUUUCAUCCGGUACCCUGCCGCGAAAGAGUUCAUGGAGUGGAAACACAAGUAUGCUGCGAAAGGACGUUGGGUCAAUUAGGGUUGCCAGGGCAAGAUCGAGGUUGCAGUUGGUUGAAGCCGCAUUGGCUUCUGGAAUCGAGAGCAGUGGUGAUGCCUCGACUUCCAGCCUCGAUCACGAGCUUCUUCAGGUGCGAGGUGUCAAGUACAGGCCACCGGGUACUGCAAUUGAUUUGCUUAAUGAUGUCUCUCUUUCUCUCUCAGAGAAAAGCCUUGGACUGGUGUAUGGUCGCAGUGGCAGCGGGAAAACAACUCUUUUGCAGGUUUUAGCAGGCUUGGCAACACCUACGGAAGGUUCAAUCAUCCUUGGCAAAGACAGCACAGAAAAGUCGUUGUCAUCAAAAGUCGGGAUCGUUUUUCAGUUUCCUGAACGGUACUUUGUAGCAGACACGGUCUUAGAAGAGCUUACUUUUGGGUGGCCCAGAAGAAUGGAAGAUAUGCUUAUGAGACAGCAGCUUGCAAUGAGGUUACAAGCAGCUGUAUUUGCGGUUGGAAUGGCUGACAUCCCCUUCGACACCAACCCGCGGGCUCUGAGUGGAGGGUACAAGCGGCGCUUGGCAUUAGCUGUGCAACUGGUUUUGCAUACUGAAGUGUCGUGGGUAAUUACCAUCUUGUAUCAGGUUCGAAUGCCUGAUCUGCUUCUUUUGGACGAACCACUCGCUGGUCUAGAUUGGAAAGCUCGUGCAGACGUGGUGAAGUUGUUGUGGGGACUCAAAAAGGAGUGCACCAUUAUUAUCGUUAGCCAUGAUCUCAAGGAAUUGACGCCAUUGGUAGACCGUGCUUGGCAUAUGGAAAUGGGUGGUGUCCUGAAAGAGAAGCCUUGGCCUCCUGGUCUGUCGACUGAUUGAAUCAUCAUGCAUGUAAUCACGGCAGAAAUCUCAAAUUCAAAGAGGCUUCUCAGGUUCAGUUCAUGGUUUGUAUGACAGUGUACAGCAUGAGCACCAUUGCACUGUUUCCUGAAUUCAGCAUACGUUCUGGUGCUAAAGAAGUGAUGUGGAGACAAACGAAUUAAUUAGUUGUAUUUUUUUUUUUUCACCCAGGAAUUUACAUGUUCAGGAUAACAGUGUGGUUAGCUUGGAAAUGGCUUGUAUGGCAAUACACUCUCAACUGGAGCAUUUAUUGCUUUUUGUUCGGUUAUUUCUGAAAUUUCUAAGCCAAUCUAAGAGAGGAGCUGAGUUUUCUUACA